AUGGGAGACAACAAUGAAAAAAUCAGCCUCACAGACGUCGUGGUGGCUCAGCCCACCGCGGCAGAGCAGAAUGAGCUUAUUGCGCAGCUAAUGCAGCAGAUAGCAGAUCUGAGAGUAGAAUUGCAGCAAAGGCAAGAUACGCCUCCACCCGGGUUUGGCCCCAACUUUCUCGACGCGAGACCUCCUACAUACUUCCCCUCGUCCAACUCGGAUCCUACUCAGCACCAACGUCCCAAGCCCUUCCAUAGCUCCACCCUCCCCAAAAGAACCACUUUUCAAGUCCCUGUCCCAGUCGAGCAUGAGGUGCACGGCUCCGAGUUGGACCAUUACGGGGAGCAAGAGAGAGAGUGGAGGGCGAGGGAAGAAACGAAGGUAGACAUAAAGGAGGAGAUCAAAAGGGCAAUGAAAGAAUUUCAAUGCACUCCAGACGUCGCCGGGUUAAGCUACGCGGAACUUUGCAUCCACCCAGACUUGAACCUGCCUGAAGGGUUCAAGAUCCCGAAGUUUGAUACCUUCGGAGGGGUGGGCAACCCCAUGGCACACCUAAGAGCAUACUGUGACCAACUCGUAGGAGUUGGAAAAGAUGAAGCGUUGCUGAUGAGGUUGUUCAGCCGGAGCCUGUGCGGUGAGGCCCUGGAAUGGUUCACGUCGCAUGAGACUCGACAAUGGCCCAGUUGGAGUGCACCGGCUAAGGAUUUCAUCGACAGAUUCGCAUACAACGUCGAGAUAGUUCCUGAUCGGUACUCCUUGGAGAAGAUGAAGCAGAAGCCCACAGAAAGCUAUCGAGAAUUCGCGUACAGAUGGAGGAAAGAGGCGGCAAAGGUGAGGCCUCCGAUGAUAGAAAAAAAGAUUGUGGAGGUGUUCGUGUGGGUGCAGGAGCCCGAGUAUUAUGACAAGAUCAUCUUGUUAAUCGGCGCCAAGUUCGCCGAAAUAGUCAGAGUGGGUGAGACUAUUGAAGAUGGCCUGAAGUCGGGAAAGAUAGCCCGAGUGUCUGCAUCGCCUGGGUCUUCCGGACUGGUAAGGAAGAAAAGAGAGGAGGUUAACGCUAUCUCACACGGGGGAAGAAAAGCCCCCAAAAACUUACCACGUCCCCAAGGCCGCUCCUACCCUCCAUCAAAGCCUCAUCAAGCCUACCGUCCAAACUCAAAUCAUUCUGGUCACUACAAUGCCGGCCCCACUUAUCCAGAAGCCCAUAUUGUGUCGUAUCAGAAUCCACCCCCGAUUCCCCAAAAUUUUCCAAACUACCCCCAAGCCUAUCAAGUCCCUCCCCACUACCAGAAUGUCGCUCCUAGCUGCGCUAAUGUACAGCCAAGCUAUCAAGCACCAUUCCCCGCAUAUCAAAUACAAACCCCAGCAUAUCAAAACCCCCAUCCAAAUUACCAAGCCCCAAUGCCAAACUACCAAAUAAAUCCCCAUUCCAGAGCCCAAGCUCCACGACCAAAUGCCCGCAAUUACCAACAAGUCCCUCCCCCUCAGCAAAGCGGUUAUGAUCCUCCCCGUCCGAGAUUUGAAAAAAGGCCUUCAAGGAAAUUUACCACACUUUCUGAAAGCCGGACAAAACUAUUUGAGAGGCUAGUCGCAAAUGGAUACAUCCACCCUGUGGGGCCCAAACCCGUGGAUGUCAACUCAAAGUUCUACAGGCCAGAUCAAAGGUGUGCUUAUCAUUCCCACAGUGUUGGACAUGACACGGAAGAUUGCAUCAACCUUAAGCACAAAAUCUAA